GCAGCUGGAGGAGCAGCUGGGGGAACAGCUGGGGGAACAGCAGGAGCAGUCGAUCUGGCUUUCAUGCUUGAUGCCUCUAGCAGUGUAGGUGAUGAUGCAAAUUUCCAGCGGUGUCUAAACUUUGUUAGAGCAAUCUACAGCGGCGUUACCAUUUCAUCAGCGGCAUUUCGCAUAGGAUUGGUCUUGUUUGGCGCGUCCGCCUCGGUGUCGUUUGACUUCAGCAAGUACAGCUCAGCAUCUGAAAUUGACGCAGUUAUUAUAGGAAUGAAAAUGAUUGGUGGAGCGUGUGCUGCAGGUCAAGGUUUAAGUACAUGUCAAACUCAAUUAUUCGCCCAAUCACGUCAAAAUGCUAUCAAAGUCCUGUUGGUGAUGAUCGCUGGAAGAUCAACAGAUGACGUGUCAGGCGUAGCAGGAGCUUUGAAAAGUUCUGGGGUCAAGAUCUUCUGUCUCGGGAUAGGAAGUUCUAUUGAAAGAACUCAGCUGAUAUCAAUGGCUAACUCAGAAUCGUACAUUCAAGUAGCACCCGACUAUAGUCAGCUAGUAUCAUUGUCCAGUCAUUUUUUAUCACUGAUUGGUCAGGUAGCUGCCGCCGGAGGGAUGGCAGGUGGAGCUGGCGCUGCCGGAGCAGCAGGGGGAAUUUCAGGUGGGAUUGCUGGUGGAGCUGGAGGAAUGGGCGUUGGAGGAUCCAUUGGAGCAGGUGGAGCAACAAUAGGAGGGGGUGGAGGAGUUGCAGGUGGAGUCGGUGGAAUGGGUGUUGGAGGUUCCACAGGCGCUGUUGGAGGCUCCACAGGCGCAGUCGGUGGUGCCAUGGGUGGAGGAGGAGGAGUAGGAGGGGUAGGUCCUGGUUGUUCUGUAAGACCGCUUCAUUUGCCUCACCUCUGUGGAUGUCAGCCGUUAGCGCCCAUUUGCGGAACGCAAAACGUUGGCGAAGGAGCGUCAACAGGAGUUACUGGCGGGGUAGGGGGAAGCAUUGGAGGUGGCAUCGGAGGCGCGGGGGGUAUGGUAGGAGCAGGCGGAACAAAUAUUGGAGUCGGAGGGGGAAAUAUAGGGGGUGGACUUGGCGUUGGAGCUGGAGGUAUGACUGGAGGAGGUGGCGGUGUUGGGGCUGGUGGAAUGGGUGGAGGCGGCGCUGUUGGAGCUGGUGGGAUGGCUGGAGGUGGUGGAAUGACAGGUGGAGGCAUGGUCGGGGGUGGCGGGAUGGCGGGUGGUGCCACGGUUGGAGGCGGCGGAAUGGUGGGUGGAGGCAUGGUCGGAGGCGGUGGGAUGACGGGUGGUGGUAUGACUGGAGCCGGUGGGAUGACGGGUGGUGGCGGAAUGGUAGGAGGUGGUGGGGGUAUGGGUGGUAUUGGGACUGGCGGUGGAGUAGGUAUCGGGGGAGGCAUCGGUGGAGCUAAUAUGGGUGGAGCUGGAGCGGGAAGUGUAGGAGGAGCAAGAGGAAUGGAAGUCGUAUUGGAUUUGGCGUUCUUGGUCGAUGGGUCUUCAGCUGUUGGAAACGAACAAAACUUCCAGCAGUUACUCAACUUCGUUAGCGCCGUGACGCAUUCAUUCUCCAUCCAUCACGACAUGACUCGCGUCGGAGUUGUUGUUUUUUCUCUUGAGGCUUUUGUCAUCUUUAACUUUCACACAUACUUUGAUAUACAAAACAUCGAUCAAGCACUGUCUUCUGUGCAAUAUCCUGGAACAGAUGGUCCAGGAACAUAUAUAGGACGGGGUUUGCUUGUUGCAAAGCACUACCUCUUCAGUGCCUCAGGAAGAGGACAUGUGCCGAGAGCCAUUGUUCUUCUUGCUGCCGGAAGAUCUAUUGAUGAUGUUAUCACACCGUCUAUGGAUAUCAGGUCGAAUGGAGUGGAAAUGUUUUGCGUGGGUAUCGGCAACCUUUACAGUAAAUUACAACUUCACGCAAUGGCAAGUUUUCCACACAGUGAACACAUUUUCAGGGGUGAUUACUCACAAAUGGGGCGAACUGCACAACAAGUCGUCACCAAGAUAUUAAAAGGCAUUUCUGUUCACUUCUGUCGACCCUGCUUUGACGGGCAUCAGGAACUGUGUGAUUACUGUCCAAGUGAAUUUCAAGAUGACGAUGAAGUGGAAGAGGGCUUCAAGCGUCACCAUCAUCAUCAUCAUAGGCAUGAUAAAGUCCACGUUCAACCGUUUGAUGGUGAGCGGAGACAUUCCAAGAGAAAACGACCCACUGCCAAAAUCAGUGGAGAUUAUGAAGUCAAGCAAUUAGCCGGACAAACUAUGGGCCGAAAAACACAUGAAGAGCAAAGCUAUAACGCUGACUCAUUUAGCAACACCAAUGAUGCCGUACACCCCACAACAAAUCCUGACACAGAUUAUUAUGGUGAAUACAAAUUUGAUGACGGAAAAAUGACCGUGGAAGACAAUGACUGCAAGGACUACUCAGAUGACUGCAACGACUAUGCGUCACGUGGUUUUUGUAGUGAGUAUGCUCCGACAGCCAGCAUAGGAACCAUAAACAUGAUGUGUAAGAGAGCAUGUGGUACCUGCUCAUCCAAUAGAAUGCCCAAAGAAAAACAGGAUACGUACGAGCUUAGCGAAAGAGAUCCUUUUUAUAAGAAAGAAGAAAUUGAAAACGCCAAGGAUCAAAAACCGAACCACCUGAAGCACCGUUUAAAUAAACUGUAACGCAGUGAUCACAGUAGAGAAUCAUCCUAAAAGAACACUUCUUUCAAAGAAGAUUUGUUACUGUCCCCCCUCCCCCCACCCCUUAUAAAUUAUUCUUUAAUCACCCUCUUUUGGAGAUGCGAGAACUAUCUAGAUGUUUCUGUACAUACAGGUAUUACCUGUAUGCUGUUGCAAACUCUUGACGGUUAUAUAGCUAAACCAUUUUCUCCUUGUAAAUUGUUUAGAAAUGUACUUCAUGUAUCUGCACAUACUUAAGGACAGGACAAACACAAUCAAGAGUA